AUGGGACCUUCCCCUCCUCCAAUGGAAAUUGCUACAUAUUGGUUUGCUGUGGAUUAUGUCUCUAAGUGGGUUGAAGCCGUGGCAUCUCCUACUAAUGAUUCUAAGAAAUAUGGAGUCUACCAUCGUACUGGAUUAGCAUACCAUCCUCAAACAAGUGGGCAAGUAGAGGUUUCAAAUCGCGAAAUUAAGUCUAUACUUGAGAAGGUAGUUGCAAGGUCUAGGAAGGAUUGGAGCACGAAGUUAGAUGACACACUCUGGGCUUAUAGAACUGCAUUCAAGACACCUAUUGGUACUUCACCGUAUAGGCUUGUGUAUGGAAAAGCGUGCCACCUCCCCGUUGAACUAGAAUAUAAAGCUUUUUGGGCGAUCAAGGAGCUUAAUAUGGAUCAAAAGCUUGCGGGGGAGAAACGUCUUCUACAACUCAAUGAGCUUGAUGAGUUUCGGUUGCUAGCGUAUGAUAGUGCACGAGUCUACAGGAGAAAACCAAGAAGUGGCAUGACAAAAAGAUCCUCCCUCGGGAGUUCACGAUUGGAGAUAAGGUUUUACUCUAUAACUCUAGGCUAA